AUGCGUUGCGCUGUGAAAAAUUGUGGAAAUAACAAUCGCAAUGAAAACAGAAAAAAGUGGCGCUAUUUUCAUUUUCCGAAAGAUAAUACCCAGCUUCAAAAAUGGAUCGAGUUUUGCGAGCGGGAUGGAAUAAACCCUUCAACAGCCUGCAUUUGCAACGAGCACUUCAAGUCGGAAGAUUUCGAAAGAAAUAUGCAAUAUGAGCUUGGGUUCACGCGGAAGAAUCCAACCAAACUAAAGCCGGGCUCAUUUCCCACCAUCAAGGGAACCCAACCCGUGCCAAGAAUAGAACCAUCCAAGAAAAAGAGGCGCAGCAGAACCAAAAAUAAAAACAGCUACGACCCUCAGGAAUACGCCAAGAGUUUCAGUGGACUCCCAUAUUCGCUAAUUGAAAGUGCCAAUGAGAUCAUAGAAGUUGAGAUGUGUGAUUAUACCACUGGCUUGGAGACUCUGGAUGAGAGCUCGGCAAGUCGGAGCCACCUGGGUGUGGAAAAUGCAGAGGAAGAGCUCAUCGAAUUUGUGGGAAAUGCACCAAACCAACAAGCUGAAGAACCGGACGAUUCGGAAGACCAAAUACAUUACCAACUAGAACUAGCUGAAAGCACAAACUCCAUAGAAGAUGUGGAGAUAAUCCAUGCAGAAGAUAACACCUAUGUAAGGCAUUUGGAGCAUGAAGUGACCUCCCUAAGACGUGAGGUCUUCUUUCUCAAAGACGAACGCAAGAAGCUACUCAAUGUAAUUCAAAAUCUUAAGGAAACAAUUCGAGGAAACUGUAUUCUGCGGAAACAAGAAUCGAAUGGCAACAAGUAAAAUAUAAGAUCAAAUAUAUAAGCGGUUUUCUUGAAAAUUACGAGUUCUGUUCGCGGCUAUCUUUUCCACGGAAUUGCGGUCCGGCAAUUUCCCCAAGGUCGAAGUCAUUAGAAAGGCAAUAUCCUUUUCAAUGUUUAUCGCCGUAGUCGUUUCUACCUGCGUAUAUCCGUAUGUAUAAAAGCGCAUGUUCCGCCUGGAGUAGACCUGCACUGCAAACGAUGAGUUCCAACCGUCAACAUCUAUCCUGGACCGACGCGAAGGCAGCUACCGGCAAACUGGAUCCGAUCCUACACGCCGAAACUCUGCAGGACCUGAGGUGCAGAUGACGUGGACGAGGACCAUCCAAGACAUCAUGGAAUCAACAACUCCAGAGCUUCAAACCACUUGGCGCUUGCAGUGUCAGCCAACUAGCCAGAAUUAAAUAAUUGUAAAUUCUAGUAAACUUAAUAGUUCAAUUGUAUAUAGACCUAUCAAUAUUCUAGCUAAUUCAACUUUAGUUCAAUUAAUUGUACAUAUGUACAUACAAACAACUAGCCAAUUGUUUAGUUCAAA